GACCCAAAGUGGAUCCUGGGUCUGUUGCUUGUGCCUGCUACAAACAAGGCAAAUAGUUGUUAAGCUACACAAAUGAUUGCUCUCAGUUAACAAGACAGGGGUGGUUGCGCUUCUUCAUUGUGCAUGCAUUUAUCUUUGAAUCCGAUAAGGUCUCUCCAGUUUCUGUAGUAUCCACCUCAGACUCCGCCCCGCCCCCUGGGAAAACAAGGCAGCUGAGAGUCUGAGGGUUGCUGGCUUGGAGUGAUGACCUCAUAGUCACUCCCCCACAAUGAGCAGCAAAGGCGGGGCAGGGGCGUGGGACCAUGUGAAGAGCCCACUCACCCACUGAAGAGGAAUUUCUCCACCAGAAGAGGCUUCACCCCAAGAACCAUGUGAGGAAAUUCAAAGCUGUAAACUUGAAUAAUUGACCACCAUCCUUUCUCAAGUUAUAUGGAAGAUUUUUCUACAUCUCAACCCUGCAUCAAGGUGGGGCAGCGCUGUCUGAAGAGACAUGGUGAAUUAUUACAAAGUGCUAGGGGUGUCUCAGAAUGCAUCCCCCUCUGAUAUCAAGAGGGCGUUCCAUCAGCUGGCUCUGCAAGUGCACCCAGACAAGAACCCACAAGACAAGGAAGCAGCUGAGGAGAAGUUCAAGCAAGUAGCGAAAGCCUAUCACGUCUUAUCUGAUGCCAAGAAGCGGAAGGACUAUGACAGGUCCAGAGAGAGCCGCACCAAAGGAGAAAUCAGAGGUGACAGCCAUACCGGAGGGGAGAUCAGAGGUGACAGCCAUGCCAAAGGCGAAAUCAUCAGAGGUGCUGGCCAUACCAAAGAGGAAGUUAUCAGACGUGAUGGCAGAGACAGAACCAACUUAGAGGAAGAAACGUGCUUUCGGAGGCCACGCCGCACCUUCCAGAAGAAGGUCAUCGAAGAGGAAGACCUCUUUUCAGGAGACUCUUUGUUCACUGGCCCCACGGCUCGGUCCAAAAGAACCUCCUCCCCCUUCUUUAGCGUCACUCCCAUCACGGACACAGGAUUUUCUACAUUCAUGCCCCUGGGAUCCGGAUUUACACCUGCUGGCUCUGAGACAUGUGUACCAUAUGUCAGCCAAGGAAUGAAAAAAUUCAAGCUGGUCACCACUUGUAGCCAGAUGGUGAAUGGUAAGAGAGUUGUCACAAAGAAAGUUGUAGAGAACAUGAAAGCACCGAAGGAAGUAGAAAAUGAACGACUGUUUCGUCAGAAUCCUUCACGUGGUUGGUAAGGAACCGUCAUUGUAUUCUCCACCAGAAGUUGCAAAUGAGAUUUGUAUGUCAAAGGCAGUUGGAAUCCGAGGGUUGAAUGGCAUA